UGAAUAUUAAACGACAACACUUUUUUUUUUUAAUCGUUGACUGUUGAGUUAUGCAGCGGGGGUGAUUUGUACGAUUUAACAUGGAGUUUCCAGACGUCAACACCUGGUGGCAGUAUUGGGCCACUACAGGUGGUCCGGUCUUGACUUGUAUUCAGUCGCUUACCAAAUCAAAUCACUUAUUCGACGUUACUGACGUUUUUAGAUCAAAUUUAACAAAUUCAAACAAUGCAAAGAAUCGCACACAAAGUUAUCAGUGGAACUGGACAAGUGUGCAUGAAAACCUUUAACACAAAAAUGUCUAAAUAGCGAUGGCCGUGAAGAUGAAUCGUACUUUCUACUUUUUAAUUCGCUAAUGCAGGCUACAGUACAGGGAGUGGGUUGUUUGAGUCGUCAUGGUAAAAGGUUUAUGGGAAAAUAUAUCCCAGAUUACGUUGUUCAUCGUUUUGCUGUUGAUGGUGCUAAACUGUGCAGACCUUCAGGAAUUAUCACUAGUCUUUGUGAAUGAGCAGUAGGGAGGGGGAGCGGGGUUGGGGGGCGGGGGGGAGCAUCUGGCUCCACACGCCUUUGCAACAUUUGGAUCAGUGGAGGAUGCUUGUCGUGUGUUGUUUGGUGACUCGUUUGCUGAAGAUAACAGAUGAUGCAUGACGCCUCAGAAGAAGGGUGAAAGAACGAGGAGAACAUCACUCCAAGGCAGGCCUUGUUUACAAGUUUACCCCCCCAAAAAAAAUAAGACUGCCUUUUACCUCAAGCAAGUUAGGAUUUACAGUGGAUGUAGUUCUGAAGAUGGAAAGCGGUGUUUUUCUUCCCUUCCUGGAUCAGUUCAUGAUGAGCCCGCUUGUCACUUGGGUAAAGACGUUUGUUUCUUAUGAUGAAGGCCGACAUGUGGACUUCAGUGAAUUGCUGGAUGGAGUGUUUUUGAAUGAAGUUAUGAGCCAAAUACAUCCUGCCGCCACACCUCACGCUGCGACCAAAUUGAGCAAGGAUCCAAGUCAGAGGGUCCAGAACUUGACCUUUCUUGUUCAGCAAAUCAAGACAUAUUAUGUGGAAAACCUGAGACAGUUGAUUCUGAUUCCUCUUCCAAAUGUGCUUCUGCUUUCACGGACUCCUUACACCGAGCAAAGUCUGGUGGAAUUAAAGAAACUAUUGCUGUUGCUCCUGGGAUGUGCAGUCCAGUGUGAGAAGAAAGAGAAGUACAUUGAAAUCAUCCAGACGCUUGACUUUGGCACCAAAGCAGCCAUAGCUGUGCAUAUUCAAGAGCUGACUCACAGUCAAGACAACCUACUCGACCUGCAUUGGUUGGGUUGCAGUAACAUGUCCGCCGAUGAGCUGGAGGUCGUGGCAAAGACUAUGGCCGUCAAUCUUCAGCACUUGCUGGAUCAGAGGGACGCCCAUCUGGAGACUAUAGCGGAGCUAACCCAAGAAAGGGAAGGUGUGGUUCGUGUGCUCUGUAACUCAACCAGCCCACAGUCGGCCGUCUAUCCUCCCAGCAUGCAACAGCAGCAGGUGGGGACUCAGCAACACUUGGCGGUGGAACUUGCCGACUCUAAGGCCAAGAUCAGGCGACUUAGGCAAGAGCUAGAAGAGAAGAGUGAACAAAUGCUGGACAGCAGACACGAGCUGGAGAACAUGGAGGCAGAGCUAAAGAAAAUCCAGCAGGAGAAUUUGAAGCUGCUUGUAGAUGCCCGAGCAGCCCGUGCGUACCGCGAUGAGCUGGAUGCUCUGAGAGAGCGAGCGCUCAAAGCUGACAAGCUGGAGUGUGAGGUGGCACGCUACAGGGAGCAAAUGCACAAGAUGGAAUUUUACAAGGCCAAAGUGGAGGAGCUCAAGGAGGAUAACAGAGUUCUGCAGGAAACCAAAGAGGUGCUGGAGGAUCAAUUGGCAGGCUGGAGGGCACGCUCAGAUAAAAUCCACCAGCUGGAGAAGCACAGCCUGCUCCUGAAGUCCCGGAUACAUGACAUGGAGCAAGGAAGGGAUGCAGAUCGUAAAUGCAUUGAGGAGCUGCAGGACGAAAACCUGACUCUGUGUUUAGCACAGAGGAGGAGCAUGGAGGAGUCCCAGCACCUGGGAUGGGAGUUAGAACAACUGUCGAAGAGCAACGACAUUUCUCAGGGGCAGCAGACUUUAAGUGAGGAGGUGAGUGAGCGGAUCCGUAGUGGGCUAUUAAAGUUGGAGAAGGAGAACCAAAGUCUCCUGAGCACUGUCGAGGAGCUCAGAGCUGCGUGCACUCACAACAACAACAACGCACAGUCCAACAAACACAGCCACCAUGGUGAGAAGGAUCUUGACCAGCAGGUGGUCUGCUGCACUGACAAGUGGACUUCAGCAUCAGAUGAAAACAUCAUAUCAAUGACUCCCUGUUCACGUGAACAGAACUGCAGCAAUGCAUCCAACCAAGGUGCAGUCAAACAGAAGACGUUCAGUAGAGAUGCCGAAUAUCAGAAGCCAGAGCACGACCACGAAAGCCUCCACCACUCUGUUAAUUCAGCCAAUACUCAUCACGUUCAGCAUAAAGGACAGUUAGAGGACAACAACGCCGUAGAGCAUUUUGAAGCAGUUAUGUCUGAGCUGCAAGUGUAUGAAAAUAGUCCCGGUGGUGUUCGUUAUUCUAUUGGAUCACACAAUCCCUCUCCUGGCUCAAGAAGCAGCAGCUCCAGCCAUGACGGCCUUUUCAUGGACCUGCCAGCACGCUUCAUUAACACCAAGAAGCACACAGAGCGUCUGGAGACCAAAUGCAGGGCCUUAGACUCCUUUAAUCAACAACUGCAAACGUCCCUUGGUAACACUGAGCGAAAAGUCCAAAGAUUGGAAGCUGAGGUUCAAGAACUGGAGGCAGACAACCAAAGCCUCCAGGUCACUUUAGAGGAACUCCGGAUUACUGUACGCCGUUUGGACCAAGUGGAAACAGAGAAGCGGAAUUUGGAACAAGAAACGGCUGCGUUGGAGAAGGUAAAGCGGCAACUGGAGAAGGAGACUCGGCGACUGCGUCAGCAGGUUGAAAUUCAAGAAGCCAAUUUAGAUAGCAGCAAUGUCUGCAUGGCGAGCCUGGAAAGGGAGCUGCGCUGUCUGGUGAAGGAGGUGGAGGAGUUGAGGGAGACAGCUGAGAGGGUGAAAGGGCUGGAGAGAGACAACAGAGAACUGGUCAAGCAAGCUGCUAUCGACCAGAGGACCCUGGACACCCUUAGAGAGGAGCUUGUCAGCGAGAAACUGAAGACCCGACAGAGAGAGGAUGAACUAUACCGUCUGUCCCAUGAGCAGGAAAUGAGGGUUCUCAACCAAGAGAGUAAACAAUCUGUGGAACCUGACACACCCGAACGCAGCAGGUUCAAUAUGCUCGAGUCAGAGUUGGAGUUGUCCUUGAAGAAGUCCCUUCAAAUGAAAGAAGAAAAAGUGGCUGCGCUGGAGGCCCGUCUCCAAGAAUCCUCUACCCUUAGUCAGCAGCUUCGCCACGAGCUCAGAACUGUGAAACUCAGCUAUGAGGCCCUGCAACAAAAGCAGGAGGAGGAAGAGGUGACUGAAUCAAGCGCCCCCCCACUGAGAGAGAAUGGAAAGGCAAUGAGGGAAUGGCUGCGUGAAAGCCACGAAGCCACCAAAGAGCUACUGAGUAUCAAAGACCGGCUGGUUGAAGUAGAGCGGAAUAAUGCAACACUGGAGACAGAGCGCCAAGCUACACAGGCCCAUCUGAAGCAGCUGGAGUAUCAUUCUGACAGUCAACAGGCUCAGAUCCUCGCCCUGCAGAGGCAAGCCGCCUCCCUGCAGGAGAACAACACCACUUUGCAGGCACAAAAUGCAGACCUGCAGGUGGAAAAAUCCACGCUGAACUCCCAGUGUGCUUCCCUGAUGGCUCAGAACGCUCAACUGCAACAGCAGAAGGUGGGAACCGAAAACGAGAGGGACAGCGCGAUGCGUGAAUGCGAAGAGCUGCGCGGUGCUCACGAGCAGCUAUUACGUGAUCACGAGCGUCUGGCGGCUCUCCACGAGCGGCAAGCCGCAGAGUAUGAAGUGCUCAUGGGGAAACACGGCUGUCUGAAAAAUGCCCAUCGGACACUGGAGCUUGAGCACCGCACACUGCAGGACAGGUACAACAACCUGUUGCAGCAACGGACCAAAUUAGAAGAUGUGGAAAAAGCUCUGAAGGAAGAGCAGAUGAAAAUGAGUCUGGAGAAGGAACAUCAUAAGACCGCUGCUGCCGAAUGUUGCAGGCUUCGGGAUGAGAAAGACUGGCUGAACCAAACUUAUCGUCAGCUUUUGAACGACAAUCAGCUACUGACAGCGGAUCACAAGCAGCUCAAGAGCCAACUAAAUGAGACCAAGCUGGCGCACACCUGGCUGGAGGCAGACUUUUCCAAGCUCAAAAAAGAGUAUCAGCAAAUUGAUAUCACCUCCACCAAGCUCACCAAUCAGUGUGAGUUGCUGAGCCAGUUGAAGGGGAACCUGGAGGAGGAGAAUCACCAUCUUCUCAAUCAAAUCGACACACUGAUGCUGCAGAACCGGACUCUGUUGGAACAGACAAUGGAGAGCAAAGAUUUGUUCCACAUCGAGGAACGACAAUAUAUUGACAAACUUAAUGAUUUGAGGAGACAGAAGGAGAAGCUCGAGGAGAAGAUCAUGGACCAGUAUAAGUUUUAUGAGCCUUCGCCUCCUCGCAGACGAGGAAACUGGAUCACUCUCAAGCUGAAGAAGUUGAUCAAAUCUAAUAGCCGAGAACAGGGACUAGAACAUCCUCUCACACCAACACACUCAGAGGCUCACCUCUCAUGUCACGACAGCGGCUCCUUCAUUAGUUCAGACGGCUCUGCGGGGUCCACCUCCACAUCAGCAGGCGACGCCAUACCACCGCAGCCAAACAACAAGGACUCAAAUGAUAGUGCUGCGCCAACUGGGAUUGAGGACAACGACAAGCCGCAGCACCGCGGGCUUAAUGUCACCUGGAAUGGCGCUCAAAGUGAGAGCAGUGGUGAGUUCAGCAUAAGCCUGGAUAAUGAGCCCUGGUCAAAUGGCAGCAGCCCUGUCCAGCAGGCACUGUCUCGCCACUCCUCUGUGUCGUACCAGCCGCCCAGGGACACCUCCACACCCCAACACACAGAGCAGACUUCCUCCACAGCACACAAGGAGAAAGCCUUGACCAAUCCGAGGACAAACAGCCAGGAAUCAGAGCUAAAGAGUCUAUCUCAACUGAAAGAGCCGACAUCAAACCACGACUUCUGGCUCACGCGGGGAACAAAGAGCAUCAGAAGGGGGUCUAAAGGAAAAGUAACACGUCGCUCUUCAGACUCCGGGGGCACGUUAAGCACAAAUUUGAGAUCAAACUCCAGUAAUACGGAAUGUACCCAGACUUUAGCUUGUUCACCAAUUACAGUAUUUUAUGUUCAGGGUAAGUCGUCCUCAAUGUCUGGGUGCCUCAAUUGCUUCUCCAAUCCACUGGGGAAAGAAGAGCGGCUCAAAGGGUACGGUGAUUUUAAAAGUCUCCCUCGUGCCAGUAGUGUCAUUUCCACAGCUGAUGGGUCAUCUAGACGCCCCAGCAUCAACAAUAACUGCAGGGAUGUAAGCAAGACUGAGACACUUCCUGCCCCCAUCUCAGAAAAGUGCAAUAACCAAGAGAAGCAAGAAACAGCAGCCACGUUCAAUCAACAUCCUCAAAAAGUCGGUGAAAGCAGUGCGCCCAAACUGAGCCCGCCAGUCAAACCCCCAAGAGAUCCAGCAGCCAUUGUUGCCAAAGACCCUCCUAAACCCCCUGUGCAGGAGUCAGAUUUAAACUCCCCAUUUAGUCUUAACUCUGUCUUCUCAAACACAAUCUUCAGUGAUUCUGAGGGGAGUUGUACGAAUGCGAUUGAGGCUGAACGGCCCGACAGAUAUUUUCCCUUAUGAGACCAACUGUAAUGCAAAACUGCACUCUGGUGAACCACAAGUCUACUCAUAAAAAAAAUGGAACCACUCAACAUGGAAAAGGUGAUCAUGAUGCAGGAUUGAGAUGAUGGUUUGGAUAGCCCUGUGAAACAAUCCUUUGUUUUGAAUUGCCACGUUUCUUAAUCUGCGUUCUGCCCUGCUGCUCCGUGCUUUUGACCUACGUUACAACCAAUGUUCUGUCACUAUUACAUUUAAAUGUUAACUUGAAAGAAAUAUGUUUCGAUGUGAUAUAAAGUGUAAAUUAUUGAAGCUUUUAACGAUAGUGUGUGUGAUUUCUCCUUUAAUAAAAUAAAUAUAUUGGUAAAAGAGACUUUUUGAAUUGUGACAUGUUGCAUGUGAGAUUUGUACGCAUUGUUGGUUUGGAUCUGUGAAAAGUGAAUAAAAAGUGAGAGAGAGACUUUG